UUACAAUUGAUCAAGGGAAGCAACUUUAAUUUCCUGUUUCCACACACCCAAAUGAAUUUUAAUUGAAUUACUUUAAUUUUAUACGAUAGUUUGCAUUAUAAAAAGAUGAUUUUGCUGGAAAUUCACAACAGAAUUGUUGUUGAAACACUAACCGCCAAGAUAAAGAAUGCUUUAGAGGGGAAUAAACCAGACACUGUGGAUGUUACUGUAGCUGAUUUUGAUGGGGUGUUGUUCCAUCUAUCAAAUCCUAAUGACAAAAACAAAAUUUUGGUGAGCAUAUCAAUGCACUUCUAUGCGGACUUACAGAAACAUGGUGCAGAUGAGCUUAUCAAAAGAGAAUAUGCUGGAAUGUUAACAGACCCUGAGGAAGGUUACAAUGUCUCGCUUCUGUUUGACCUUGAAAACAUUCCGUCAGACUGGGAGGCAAAAGUGGAAAAGGCAGGGCUUCUGAAGAGGAACUGUUUUGCCUCGGUGUUUGAGAAAUAUUUCGCCUUCCAGCAGGCUGGAGAAGCGGGAAAGGAAAAAGCUGUGAUCCACUAUAGAGAAGAUGAAACCAUGUACAUAGCGGCUCAGAAAGACAGAGUGACGGUUAUAUUUAGUACAAUAUUCAAAGAUGACGAUGAUGUUAUCAUAGGAAAAGUUUUCAUGCAAGAAUUUAAAGAAGGCAGACGGAACUACCAACAGGCACCACAAGUUCUGUUCAGUCACAAGGACCCGCCCACUGAACUACAGGGAAUGGAUGCUCGUACAGGAGAAAAUAUAGGCUACAUAACAUUUGUGUUAUUUCCCCGACACACUGCUGCUGCCAUUAAAGACAACACGAUUAACCUGAUACACACGCUCAGAGAUUAUCUCCAUUAUCAUAUCAAAUGUUCUAAGGCAUAUAUUCAUACAAGAAUGAGGGCAAAGACCUCUGAGUUUCUACGUGUACUAAACCGAGCCAGACCCGAACAAGAAAAGGAAAAGAAAACUAUCAGUGGAAAGACAUUCAGGAUGUCCUAGAGCCAGGAUGAUAAAGUUACAGAGAGAAUAUUGUGUGGAUCUGUACCAGCAACAAGAACAAAAAAUAAUGUGUAUUUAACAUUGGAACACCUUACCAGUACAAUUGAUUUGUAUGCUUUCUUUGAAUGGUAGCUGGAUUUGAAGUCCAGUUUUCUAUAAAACUGUGCAGAAUUGUUAAAGAACUGUUCUGUGAUAAACUUUUUGUGUAGAUUAGACUUUGGGAUUGGAUUAGAUUUGUUAACAAAAACGACCUUAUUUCAUGCAGAUACAUAAAAUAUACCGUAUAUAAAAUUCUCAAAUGGUGAAAUAUUAGAAAUUUUAGUUGCAACAAAUCAGUUGCAGUGCUAAUGCUUUUAUAACUCAGUGCUAUGAUUUCAGAAAGACCAACAGCAAGUUUCCAUUGCAAUAAUCUACGGUUUUUCUUAUUUGUAUCAAUGCUUUGUUAACCAUACUGAUUGUUGAAUUGUACAUUACUAUCAUAAUCAUGUAUCUAUUAAACAUUUACAAAAAUAA